UGCUUUUCCUCUGCUUGUAGCUGUCCUGAUGUCCCUGUAAAUGCACCCUGGAAUUUCCCUUGCGUGGAGGAUCUUCUGAAUCAAAAGCUUCUUUCUACGCUUCCCCUUCCAGUUCCUUCCUUCGAGAUGGCAUCCGACAGCCCGGAAUCACUGAUGACCCUGUGCACGGAUUACUGUCUCCGCAACUUGGAGGGGACUCUCUGCUACCUGCUGGACAAUGAAACUCUCCGGCUUCAUCCCGACAUCUUCUUGCCAAGCGAGAUUUGUGACAAGCUCGUCAAUGAGUAUGUGGAGUUGGUGAAGACAGACAGCAUCUUUGAACCCCACGAGAGCUUCUUCACCUUGUUCUCGGAUCCACGGAGCACAAGGCUAGCUCGGAUCCACCUGCGGGAACAGAUUGUGCAGGACCAGGACCUGGAGGCCAUCAGGAAGCAGGAUCUUGUUGAGCUCUACUUGACUAACUGUGAGAAGCUGACAGCCAAGAGCCUACAAACCUUGGUGAGCUUCAGCCACACACUUAUCUCCCUUAGCCUCUUUGGCUGCUGUAAUAUCUUCUACGAGGAGGAGAACCCUGGAGGCUGUGAGGAUGACUGUUUGGUGAACCCCACGCGCCAGGUCUUGGUUAAGGACUUUACUUUUGAAGGCUUUAGCCGCUUGCGCUUCCUGAACCUCGGCCGUUUGAUCGAGGGGGUAAAUGUGGAGACAUUGCUUCGGCCUUUGGCCUCCCUUGCAGCUCUUGAUCUCUCUGGGAUCCAGCUGAAUGAUGUGGGAUUUCUGACCCAGUGGAAGGACAGUCUGGUUUCCUUAGUGCUUUACAACAUGGACCUUUCAGAGGAGCACAUCCAGGUGAUCGCACAGCUCCGUAAGCUCAGGCACUUGGAUAUCUCCCGAGACCAUCUGUCCAGUUACUACAAAUUCAAGCUGACCCGUCGAGUUCUAAACCUGUUUGUGGAAAACUUGGUAAACCUCACUUCGCUCGAUAUCUCAGGGCACACCAUGCUGGAGAACUGCACUAUCCCAAGCAUGGAGGAAAAGAUGGGCCAGACAAGCAUCGAACCAGCAAAGAGCAGCAUUGCUCCCUUCCGGGGUCUGAAACGACCACUCCAGUUCUUGGGCCUUUUUGAAACAUCUCUCUGCCGCCUGACACAUAUUCCAGCUUACAAGGUGAGCGGGGACAAGAAUGAGGAGCAGGUUCUGAAUGCUAUUGAGGCUUACACUGAACACCGACCAGAAAUCACUUCCAGGGCCAUCAAUCUCCUUUUCGACAUUGCCCGCAUCGAGCGCUGCAGCCAGCUGCUGCGAGCCCUCCAGCUGGUGAUCACAGCCCUGAAGUGCCACAAGGAUGACAAAAACAUCCAGGUCACAGGCAGCGCAGCGCUGUUUUACCUGACCAACUCCGAGUACCGCAUGGAGCAGAGCGUGAAGCUGCGGCACCAGGUCAUCCAGGUGGUGCUGAAUGGCAUGGAGUCCUACCAGGAAGUCACAGUGCAGCGGAACUGCUGUCUGACACUGUGCAACUUCAGCAUCCCCGAGGAGCUGGAGUUCCAGUACCGCCGAGUCAACGAGCUGCUGCUGAACAUCCUCAACCAAAGCCGGCAGGAUGAGUCUAUCCAGCGCAUCGCCGUGCACCUGUGCAAUGCCCUGGUCUGCCAGGUGGACAACGAUCAUAAAGAAGCUGUGGGCAAGAUGGGGUUUGUCAUGACAAUGCUAAAGCUGAUUCAGAAGAAGCUGGCUGAUAAAACGUGUGAUCAGGUGAUGGAGUUUUCCUGGAGUGCCCUCUGGAACAUCACUGAUGAGACCCCUGAUAACUGUGAGAUGUUCCUCAACUACAGUGGCAUGAAACUCUUCCUGGAGUGCUUAAAAGAAUUCCCAGAGAAACAGGAGCUGCACCGCAACAUGCUGGGCCUCCUGGGCAAUGUAGCAGAAGUGAAGGAGCUCCGCCCGCAGCUCAUGACCUCCCAGUUCAUCAGCGUGUUCAGCAACCUGUUGGAGAGCAAAGCAGAUGGCAUUGAGGUAUCCUAUAAUGCCUGUGGGGUGCUCUCCCAUAUCAUGUUCGAUGGCCCAGAGGCCUGGGGCAUAUGUGAGCCGCACCGAGAAGAAGUAGUAAAAAGGAUGUGGGCAGCUAUCCAGAGCUGGGACAUCAACUCCAGAAGGAAUAUCAAUUACAGGUCAUUUGAACCAAUUCUUCGACUGCUUCCACAAGGGAUCUCUCCAGUCAGCCAGCACUGGGCAACCUGGGCACUGUAUAACCUGGUCUCUGUCUACCCUGACAAGUACUGCCCACUGCUGAUCAAAGAAGGUGGGAUUCCUCUUCUGAAGGACAUGAUUAAAAUGGCUUCAGCACGGCAAGAGACCAAGGAAAUGGCCCGGAAAGUUAUAGAGCACUGCAGUAACUUUAAGGAGGAGAACAUGGACACUUCCAGAUAGAGGCAAUCACCUAGUGCCUCUUGCCAGCACUGUAUCCAGCUUCUCUCUAAUUCACUGUAUGUAGGGAGGACUCUUUCUUACCAACUUGGCUGUUGGAAGGAAACUUUAUGUGUGUGUGUGAGACCCUCAGUAGAUGAAGGUGAACAGGGGAGGGGGGAGGGACUUUUUGCACAACAAAAUGCUUUCAUUAAAUUAGUGGACUUUUUCGUUAUGAAGUUUCAGAUUGAAGUUUUGUGUGUAUGAUUUCUGUAUAAAACAAAAA